AUGCCUCAUGUUCGACCAGCGGAGUACGUGGUGCCCGAUCCUGCGUUUGAACUACAGUAUGUCGAACUGAUACACAGGCAUCACAAGCGAACACCGUACGCAUCCAACGCAUUUCCGGUAGAAUCCUACACAUGGGACUGCGACGAUUCACGAUUGUAUCUGUAUGGCGAAUCUGUGCUAGGGAAAAAAGCUACCCCGGUAUUUCGCAAAGGACACACCUCAUCAUUUAACCCCUUUGUGCCGUCCGGUUGGAUUGGGAGUUGCAACUUCCCCCAAAUAACAUCUAGCGGCUUGGACGACUCGUGGCAACAUGGCGCUGAUCUGAACGCCGUGUAUCAUGGGAUGCUGGGCUUUCUGCCCGCCAAAGGUUCCGAUUACAAAUCCGUUGUGCGAUAUCGUGUCACGAAUAAUGUCAUCACAAGCCAAGUCGCUGGCAUGAUUAUAAACGGCAUGUGGUCGACCAGCGAUCCGUUUCCACUCAUUGUUGAGGCACUGGGGGUAGAUAGCUUGGAGCCGCAGUACUCUUGCGGCACAGCCGAAGCACUCUUCAAUGAUAUCAAGUCAAACCGGAAUCCUGAGUGGCAAAAGCACCUAGACGCGUCUGCGAACUUGUUCAGCGCGCUGGAUGGUAUUUCAGGUGUACCUGCCAGUGAUGGCGGGUUCCAUUCUUCUUUUGAUCACUACUAUGACAACCUCUCGGCUAGGCAAUGUCAUGCAAAACCGUUACCCUGCAAGCUACUUGACGGUCAUAACUCCACUUCAUGUGUCUCACAAAAGCAUGCAGAUGCAGUCUACCGCAUGGGCAAUUGGGAAUACAGUCAGAUAUACCGAGACCACCCAUCAUCACUACCAGCUAGUGCAUUAUCUCUUGGGAUCUGGAUCGGAGAACUUGUUAUCCAUUUGCGCGACGUGAUCAGCGGCUCGAGUACCACGAGAUAUUUCCAUAACAUAGCGCACGAUGGGUCCGUUUCUCGCUUACUCUCCAUCUUGCAGAUUGAUGAAAUGGUGUGGCCUGGAAUGGGCUCAGAAGUCGUCUUUGAAUUAUACAAGCGAAAGGAACAUGUACCAAAUCCCCAUCCAUCAUCACCUCUGGCAGCACCAAGUUGUCGCCAUGAUAAUUGUCUCCGACAUAUGAUUCGACAUUUUACAUCAGUCAAUACACUCUGUCACAAUUUGCCUGAUCCGAGUAGCAUUUCGCCAACUCCAGCGCUGCCGUUCCCGUCUGAGUGUUCUGAUCAUCCUCAACUGUCGUCGGCCUGCGCCUGCUGGUCUAACCUCCCAACGGCAUCACCCCUUCCGUCAAAUGGCCCUUCAUCUAAGCCAUCGGGAUAUUAUAUUCGAGUCUUGUUUGGUGGCAAGGUCUUUCAAUCCUCCAAUCCCAACCUUGGCCGCUUGGAUAUGGUGCCAGCCGAAGUUUUGUUGGACUACCUUGAGGCUUUGGUCGGCAAAUCUGGGGGGGCAAUAAAGUCUAAAUGCCAAAGCUAG